GAGCCUAGUCAGCUACAGUGGUCGUAGAUGGGAAGCUCAGGCAGGUGGUGGUGGUUGGCGGUGGUGAUGUUGGUAGUAUCAGUAUCAGAACCUGCGUUUUCCGACCCACAAACAAACCAAAUAGGCAGCCUGGGUUGCAGCACGUACAAUGUUACGGAUGCACAAGAUUAUUACAUCAGGGAACUCAACCUCAGCUUUGUUGAUCUCAGAAACCAGUUAUCCGGCGGCGACAAACGCUUUGCCACCACCACUCAGCGGGCUGUCUACGCAAUGGUACAGUGCAGAAAGUACCUCUCCACUGCGGACUGUGUGGCCUGUUUCGAUGCCGCCGUGUUAGUAACCCGAAACUGCCCCAUCGCCACCAACUCUGCUAUUGUCAUAUUUGAUGGCUGCUUUCUCAGGUACCAGGAGAGUUACUUCUAUGAUCAGAUUACAGAUCGGAUUACAGCAGGAACCUAUCCAGUUUGUGGCAAUCGAACUGCCCGAAACCAACAAAUUUUCAAUGCGUCAACACAACAACUACUAAAUGAGCUUCUACUUGCAACGCCCAGAAUUCAUGGCUUUUACGCUGCAGUAAAGCUGGAGGAACCUGGUGGUCGUGGUGGUGGUGCUACCAGUUAUGCGGUGGCGCAAUGUGCUGAAACCGUGACCCAAAGCAGCUGUCAAGAUUGUUUGUCAUUAGCUUACAAUAACAUAAAGAGUUGUUUACCUAAUUCUGCGGAUGGAAGAGCUGUUGAUGCAGGAUGUUUUUUGAGAUAUUCAGACACCCCUUUUUUUGCUGAUAACCAGACAACUGACAUAACACCCUUCCUAGGAAGAGGGAGUAGUUCAGGAAAGAAGAAACCUAUUCUUCUUGCGGGUGUAGUUGGUACUGUAGGAAUCAUUUUGGUAUUAGCAGCCCUUUUCCUUUUGUAUCGACAAUCAGGAAAGCAAAAUAAUGCUUGGAGAAAAGGCAGUAUUGUGGGGGCAGAGAGCUAUAUAUAUAAAGAUUUGAAAGCUGCAACAAAUGAUUUCAGCGAAGAAAAUAUAUUGGGUAAAGGAGGUUUUGGUGAUGUAUAUAAGGGCACUCUACAAAACGGGGAUGUGGUGGCAGUAAAGAAACUUACAACAAUUUGUAGUAGAGCAAAGACAAACUUUGAGACUGAAGUUAGUCUUAUUACAAAUGCGAAUCAUCCCAAUCUCAUUCGUCUAUUGGGAUAUUCUGGCAAUGAAAAAGUGCUCAUACUGGUUUAUGAAUACAUGGCAAAUGCUAGCCUUGACAGAUACAUAUAUGGAGAGAAGCGAGGAAUGCUGAAUUGGAAGCAAAGGAUUGACAUAAUAUUGGGUACCGCUAGGGGUCUUGCGUAUCUUCACGAGCAGUUCGAUGUAUGCAUCAUACACAGAGACAUCAAAUCCAGCAAUAUACUACUUGAUGACGAAUUCCACCCCAAAAUAGCUGAUUUUGGUUUGGCAAGGCUUCUACCAGAAAAUAAGAGUCAUCUUACAACUAAAUUUGCAGGGACUUUGGGAUAUACAGCGCCAGAAUAUGCAAUUCAUGGCCACUUAUCGGAGAAAGCUGACAUCUAUAGUUUUGGCAUAGUCAUCCUGGAGAUCAUCAGUGGGAAAAGGAGCAGUGAUUUACAAGUUGAGCCUAUAACUGGGUAUCUUCUUGAACAGGCAUGGAAACUAUACGAGAAUGAUGAACAUCUAGGACUGGUGGAUAAUAGUUUAGACUCGAAUGAAUAUGAAGCAAAGGAAGUGAAGAGAAUGUUGGAAAUAGCAUUGGUGUGCACCCAAUCACCCUCGAAUAUAAGGCCAAGCAUGUCAGAAGUGGUGGUCAUGCUUUCCAGUACUGAUGCCUCAAUCAUUCAAAAACCCCAAAACAGGCCAACCACUAUUACUGAUUUCGAUAAGAGGAUACUUACAACUACAAGCAGUUCAACAUUUACUAAUGCCACCAUUUUAUUUUCUCGUUUCUCAGGCCGCUAACACCUCAUAUUUUGAUCUUGCUAGCUUGCUUGUGUUGUGUUUGUACUUAUUUAUAGAUUUUUAGGAAAAUUGUAAAAAAUGUCCCUCUAUAAUAUGUCAAUUAUCAAUGUCACCCUGAAUUAUGAGUGGUGUAAAUGUUGCCCCUCAAUUAUCAAAAUGGUGCAUAUAUAACCCAUCCCGUAAUGGACUUGUGGUUCCCCACCGCUGUCCAUCGUUGGUACUUCGAAUCGAGGGAGGGAAAAAACAAUUAAAUUACAUAUUUACUAUGACUUAACGGUGUCGUACACUAAUGGGGAACCACAUGUCUGUUACGGGAGAGGUUAUAUGUACACCGUUUUGAUAAUUGAGGGGCAACAUUUAUACUACUCAUAAUUCAGAAGUGACAUUAAUAGUUGGCAUAUUAUAGAGGGACAUUUUUUAUAAUUUU